CACUACUCUCUCUCUCCAUUAUCUCUCUAGAGAGAAAAAAAGAAAGAUGAAGGGAGUGGACAUAUUCUGCGCAUCACAAGCUGCAACAUCAAUAUGCCUAAGCAUGGAGCCCAACUCCACCGCCUCUCCUUCCACCACCACCCUCCUCGGCGGCGGCAGAAUCAUCGACCGCCACAACCCCAUCAUCAAAGAUGCCAAAAGAGCCCCCAAAAAGACCAAGAAUCCCAAAACCCCUCCAAAUGAAAACGAAAACGACACCCCCUCCCUCUCAAAGCUGGAUUCCGCCGCCGCCGCCGUGAAGAGGAGCUGGAGCUGCACCAAGCCGGGCGACUUCCUCUCUCCUCCUGGCUCCACCAGGUAUUUGUUGGGAGAGAGAGUGAGCUACAAUCCAUCAAAUCUCUCCAUUGAGGAAUCCUCAAAUAAGGACUCCACUCUUUCUCAUUCUCCACAACAGGAGGUUGUUGUUGUGCUGAGAGUGUCUUUGCACUGCAGAGGAUGUGUCAAAAAACUCAGGAAACAUCUCUCUAAGAUGGAAGGAGUGAAAUCUUUCGACAUAGAUUUUCUGGCGAAGAAGGUGACGGUGACCGGAAAUGUGAUGGCGUCGGAUGUUCUUGCGAGCAUAUCUAAGGUCAAGAAUGCGCAAUUGUGGCCUCCUUCGAUUGCGUCUUCCAAUCCAACGUCGUUUUUUUCCUUAUUAUGGUGUCAAAAACAUAAUAAUAUAUGUUUAAUGCAAGCAAAACGAGUUCUUAAUCUAUGUUUAGGGCUUGAGCAAACUCAGUACAAGUAUACAACCAGUUUAUUAUUGGAGACAAGGAAACCAGCAAUGAAACUAUUGGCAAACCCAGAAUUCAAACAACAUUUUAUGGCCCCCCAAGCACAAAUAGAUGCAGCAAUAUUGGAAAACCCAUAA